AUGGUAUUGUUAAAAAUUCUAAAAAAAAUAAAGGAUAAUAAAAAGAAUCUAAGAAUACUAAUAUUAGGGUUAGAUAAUGCUGGAAAAACAACUAUAAUAAAAAGAUUAUUAGGUGAAGAUAUUUAUAGUGUUAGUCCAACAUUUGGAUUUAAUAUUGAAACAAUAGAAUUUGAUAAUAAUAUUCUAAACAUAUGGGAUAUAGGAGGACAAAAAAGUAUUCGUCAUUUUUGGAAAAAUUAUUAUGAAGAUGUAGAUGGUAUUAUUUUUGUUGUUGACAGUACAGAUUUGUUUCGAUUACAAUUAUGUUCAUUUGAAUUGAAACAAAUAUUAAAAGAGGAAAGAUUAUAUGGAUCUACAUUAUUAAUUUUAUCAAAUAAAGUAGACAUUGAUAAAUCUCUAACUAUUAAUCAAAUAGCUGAGAUACUCAAAUUGAACGAUAUGAGUAUGGACAGGCAUUGGUGUAUAAAUGAAUGUAGUGCCUUUUCUGGUAAAGGCUUAUUAAAAUCUUUCAUGUGGCUAAUUGAUGAUAUAACUGAACGUAUUGAUAGUUCAAAAUAA